AUGACUUGUUGUCGUCCUGUGCGCCCGUGUCGUCCGCGCUCACUGUCGAGGCAUCAACGCCGCCGCCCCCACCAACGACGAGUGACGACGGCCCGCAAUCAAUUCCCGUCCCAAAUCACGAUUGCCCGACAAAGACCGACCGCAGCUGCAGCCAACUACAAAUUUGGAUGGAAUUAUAGCUGUGAUACUCCCCCCAAAAUCAAGAUUUUGUGUAAUUCAAAUUUACCUGCAACAGUCUACCAUAAUACACCUAUAGUGGUGUCUCAUAUUAAAAUAUCCAGUUUGCCGUUGGAUACUAGGGAGGAAGAGACAUAUUCGUCCCCGCAGGUGACACGUAAAGACACGACGGACGUCUACGCAGAACGCGGGGGUGCUUCUCGUGUCUUCGGAGGAAGGGACGACGCCCGUUCCGAAUCCAAUCAGCAACCGCGUUGGAUACCUCCCUCGAUAAUCAGACGCGAUGCACUCGCCCAAGAGGAUGCUAAUGAUGCCGUGUUUCGCAAGGUGCGCGGCAUUCUUAAUAAGCUUACGCCUGAUAAAUUUCAAAAACUGAGUGAUGAUAUUUUGCAAAUUGGCUUAAACACCAGUGUUGUACUGAAAGGUGUCAUAUUUUUGAUUUUUGAAAAAGCUCUCGAUGAACCUAAGUAUAGUUCUAUGUAUGCACAGCUGUGCAAACGGCUCAGCGACGAGGCAUCAAACUUCUUAAUUGACCAAGAUCCAAACACUUUUCGCGAAUUAUUAUUAAAAAGGUGUAAGGUCGAGUUUGAUAACCGUUCAAAAGCAACUGCUGAGUUUGACAAUGACAAUGGAACACCAUUAUCUCCAGAAGAUGAAGAACGACGACAGGUGGCUAAGCGCAAGAUGUUGGGCAACAUACGCUUCAUCGGCGAACUUGGCAAGUUGGAGAUCGUGGCGGAACAAAUAUUGCACUUGUGCAUUCAACAGUUAUUCCCGAGGAAGUCCAAUGUCAAGGACGCGGCGGAKGACCUCGAAUGCUUGUGUCAGAUAAUGAAAACAUGUGGUCGCAUAUUGGACACGGAAAAAGCAAAACCACUGAUGAAUCAGUAUUUUGAUAGAAUUGCUCAGUAUGCUGAAAAUCCUGAACUGCCAUUGAGAAUCAAAUUUAUGUUGUUGGACACCAUGCAAUUGAGAAAGGACAACUGGGUACCAAGAAAAGCUACUACCACAGAAGGUCCAAUGCUCAUGGAUCAGGUUUGUUUUUAUGUUAUAGCUUUUUUCUUUAAUAGGUACCCAAUUUCUGUUGAAUUAAACAAUGAAUGUUAUUGAAUAUUCGUUAUUCUA